AUGAACUCAUCUAAAUUUUCGAACAAUUCUGAUGAAUUUUAUGAUGAUAUAGAAAGUAAUUAUGACAAUAAAAGUGUAUCAGAUUAUGAAGAAGAAUAUGACACUGAUUUUGAAGAAAAGUCCGACAGAGUAUCUGAUAAAAAAUAUAAAUCUUUGAUUUCUGAUUUUAAAGCCAAAAAUAGAAGCAAAUCAGGUUCACAAGGAUUAUUUAAAAAAUUAGACUCGAAAUUUGAAUCAGAAUUGAUGCGUUUGCUAUUGCUUAAAGAAUAUCAUGACAAACGUUUACUUAACGAUAAGGGUUUGUGGGCAUACGUUAAAUAUUUUAUCAGCAAACAUAGAGUAAUUUUACCUCUUGCUAUAGCCAUCAAUUUAUUCUUAUAUUCAUCCUUGUAUCUUUCAUUUACCGGUGGUCUUAUCUUACCAUUUUGGACGAAUACAUUAUUAGCCGUAGGAGUAAUUCUUAUAAUUAUGUCUUUUUACUACAUUCAUAAAACAAAAAGUGUAAAACGUUAUAUUAAAAAGCUCAUGAACCACAAAAAAUAUUAA